AGUGUCCUCUUGGUCAAGAAGUUUCCCCUCCUGCUGAAGCUGUUCUGCCUGUGUUCACAAAGCCGUGUUCCUCUCAGCUGACUGUGCUGCAGCACCUUGCUGAGCUCUGGGCAGCCCCUCCGCCCCUUCCUGGGGUCACUGUGGAAGGACCAUGGCAGACACUGGGGAGGGGAAAAAGGAGGAGGCUGAUUAUAAAAGACUUCACAGCUUUCCACUGAUUAGGCACACAGACAUGCCGGAGGAGAUGCGUGUGGAGGCCAUGGAGCUGUGUGUCACAGCGUGUGAGAAAUAUGCCACCAACAACGAGAGCGCUGCCAAGAUGAUCAAAGAGAUGAUGGACAAGAAAUUUGGGUCCUCCUGGCAUGUGGUGAUUGGAGAAGGUUUUGGCUUUGAGAUCACUCAUGAAGUGAAGAAUCUGCUGUACAUGUUCUUUGGUGGCAGCCUGGCCGUGUGUGUCUGGAAGUGCUCCUGACAUCUAGCCAGAUCCCAGACUCGCUGCAUACAGGAGAUUUCUUCCUUCUCUUGACAGGUUUUGUACAAUCUGGAG